AGGACUGCCCAACGCCCAACAGUUAGCCGCUCUUUCAAUCAAAUCCCCACCGGCCCACGAGGCAGACAUCUCCCGGCGUCAAUUUCUUCCUCUUCCCUUCCCAACUUCACACCCUCGCCCCCAGUCAUCCCCCCAUCAUCUCUCUUGACAGCCCAUCUUCUCCUUCUCCGCGUUGAGAUCUCUCUCUUUCUCUCUCUGGGGCCCCCCAAAAUCGCCAUGAACGUGGAGAAAGAGAAGCUGCCGGAGGGACGGGAGGCUGCCCGCCGCCGCAGGCGCAGGCGGGCCACCAUCUGCUGCGGGGCGACGUUGGCGGUGAUCAUCGGCAUCGUCCUGCUGAUCGUGAUCCUGGCCUUCACCGUCUACAAGCCCAAGCGCCCCGUCACCACCGUCAACGGCGUCAGCCUCAAGGACCUCGACGUCUCCCUCGACGUGCUCCGCCUCCGGGUCAACCUCAACGUCACCCUCGACGUCGCCCUCUCCGUCGAGAACCCUAACAAGGUGGGAUUCCGGUACAAGAACAGCUCCGCCCGGCUCAACUACCGGGGCCAGCUGGUCGGGGAGGCCCCCCUCCCCGCCGACAAGAUCUCCGCCGGCGAGACCAAAGCCAUGAACCUCACCCUCACCCUACUCGCCGACCGCUUCCUCUCGAACUCCCAGGCCUACGGCGACGUCAUCGCUGGGGAGCUGCCGCUCAACACUUACACGAAGAUCUCCGGCAAGGUCACGUUGAUGAACAUUUUCCGGAUUCACGUGGUUUCCACGACUACAUGCGAUUUGACUCUGUUGGUCUCCAACAGGACUGUAGGGAAUCAGCACUGUAAGUAUAAGACAAAGUUGUAGUUUUUCCUCUUCUUGUCGGUUACGGUAGGAAUCCCAUUCUCUGUUUUGAUGUGUAAAGGUAAAGCUCAUUACUGAAUCGAAAGCGGCAGAGUUAUUGUAGUACAAAGUUUCCACUGUCCCUUUCUUUCUUAGUAUUUGAUUCACUAUUGUUUCGUUACUGAGAAAAAUCUCAUAAGAAUCUUCGAGUGGCCGAAGGUUUACUGCGUAAAGAUCUUCUCGGAGAGCCGGGAAUUAUGUGCAUUUACGAGCCAAUUAUUGAGCUGCCUUUUGCAUGACCAUUGGGAAUUUAUUCGUGUAUUUAGUGAGAAUUGUCUUCCUGGAGUUGUCGGGAGACGAAAUGGGAUUUCUUGGAGAAUUGGGUUUCUGUU